GGUAAUGAAAAGUCCACAAAGCUUCAAUAAUUGCAUUUACUCAACAAUAAUUGUGAAGUCUCAGCUGAACCUGAGUAAUACACAAAUGUCUAAAGGAAACUCUCAGCUUAAAUACUUUACAUUAAUCCUUCAAAUCAUCUUUCUGCAAACAUCCAAUGCUUGGAAGAUCAACUGUCCUGAUUCUGCUUGUGGCGAUAUCCGUAACAUAAGACACCCUUUUCAUUUAAACACCGAUCCAAAAUAUUGUCAUUUAUUAGGAUUUGAAUUAGCUUGUGAAGGUAACCAAACAGUUAUAUGGUUAUCCUCCAAGAAGUUGCUCGUUCAAGGCAUCGACUAUAUUAAUCAGACAAUUCACUUGGUAGAUCCGACUUUACAAACAGAUGAUCUAUGUUCUCUCAUACCUUCUAAGCUUACUACCUUUUACAAUAACAUUUAUUUCUUCGGGUUAUACUUUUACGCAUCAGAGCGUAGAGUAGCAGCGCCUAUUUUCAUGUUCAACUGUCCAUCUGCUGUUAAUGAUUCGACAUUUGUGGAAAUUAGUGGCUGCAAAAUAAGCAGAUACACUUAUUUAAAGAUUGGAGAGAUGAAAGUCUCUGAAGUGAGUGAUGGAUGCAGAGCAGAAUAUAUAGGCUUCACCUCAUGGCCUAAUAUUAACAACAUUUCCCGUUCUGAUAUUCAUCAAGCAAUUCUCUACGGAUAUGGGUUUUCUUAUUCUUCGUGGGGUUUAUUGGAAUUCAAAUUAGGUGAGGACUCAAACUUUUAUCUAAAAUAUUUGCACUUUAAUCUAUCCAGAUAUCGCUCGGCUGCUUCUGUUUUUCGUGUUGUAUUCGGGAGCAAAAAUUGUGAUCGGCCUUCCGUUAGUAAUUGCAUUUCUGGUGUACAAAUUCAAAAGGAGGCAUUUGUCAAUGUAUGAUACGAUUGAAGGAUUUUUGCAAACACAAAACAAUUUCAUGCAAAUCAGAUAUAAUUACUCCAACAUAAAGAGAAUGACAAGAGGAUUCAAAGAGAAAUUAGGCGAGGGGGGGUUAUGGAACUGUGUACAAAG